GUGGUGUCUGUCUUUUUGAUAUCCUAGUGGUCGCCUUAUGCAAUACAGUAAGCUUCAGUUCAGCCCCUCAAGUCUCCAGGAUUUCUGCUGGUUUUACGCGUCUGUUUGCAGCCAAAUGCCAGCGGACACCGGUUUAAGUUAAGCUCUUACGCGGGAUAAUUAACAUUAUGGGAAUCUGAAGCACAUGUUCUUUGCAAGAAAGGGCACGAAUUGCGUUUUCGGUAGGCUUGGAUUGGUUGAGUAUUAAGGAUGCGCCCGUGAGGAACCGACCCAUAACGGAACCAGCCGACACACAGGCAUAAGCUGCCAAAAAUUAAUCGUUUUUAUAAAAAGUCGAUCUAUCGCUUGUUAGCGCAAACUUAACUAGCAUUGACGUGUAGUUUAAAUAUAACUUUUAUACACGAGGAAGGUUCUUGCACCAGACGCAAUGCAUUUUAAAAUAUCAUGGCUUAAUGUUGUUUAAUAUCUUUUAUUCGUUAAGAAAGUGUUUUUGCACACUUAUAAGUGAUGUCGAAAGACUUCACACCAUGCGAGGUGUCACCAGAGCUGCACGCGCACUUGUUUGCGUCCAGUUUGCGCUUCUGCUGGACGUGAACAGAGAGCGAAAGGGGAAAAACUGAGGAAGUGAAACGGGCUAAUUACUCAGUCCAUCCCUCAUUUCCAUAUCCAGAGAGAGUGUCUACUGGCGCACGGCCAAUCCCUCAUGCAGCGCAACGUAAUACAUGACCCUCUAUCAUUAUAACGCCGACAUGCGCAAUCUGCACAACGGUAACAACAUCUAAUAUCUCUUAUUCAGUGACCCCGGGACUGUACGGGACUGCCUGCUUGCGUCCGAUGCAUCUGCGGAUCGGAGCGCCGACGCGAGCGCACGAACAUGUCCCGAAGAAAGCAAGCGAAACCCCAGCAUCUCAAAUCGGACGAAGAGGGAGCACCGUCGGAUAAAGGUCCGAAUAACGCACUUCUCUUGAGGGGAGGAGAUGAGGAGGACAGCAGCACUGAAAGCCACAGCGGUGGCGAGGAGACGCACGUGUGCGAGAGGUGCUGCGCUGAAUUCUUCACGUGGUCUGAACUGCAGGAGCACCAGCAGAAAUGUACGGAGGACCCUCCUGUGCUGAUAGUAAAAGACAAUGAAGAAAAGCUGAUGUCCCGAGGAUCGCCCACAGAGUCGUUCUUAAGCGCUCAAAGUGACUCGGCAGAAAUGGAGACCAACGAACAGAACUCUGAUCUGGCUGAGAAAGUCGACGAGAGCCUCGGCAUGCCCGAGGAAACCCAGGUCAUCGAUGUGGAUGACGACAUGGAUAUUAGUAUGACCGAGCAUGAAUCUACAAACAAUAGCCCUCUACCACUUGAGAAUGAAAAUCCUACUUCUUCGCCUGAUCCUUCUGUAACCAACCACUAUGAUAUGCCCAGCACCAAUGUGACCCUGGAGAUUCUUCAUAGCACCAGAGUGGCAGUUGCACAGUUUUCCCAGAGCAUUCAGUGUGCGGGACCUGGAGGCAAGCUGACCUCGGCUGCGAUACCCAUGAUUCUAGAGCAGUUGAUGGCUUUGCAGCAACAGCAGGUUCAGCAAUUACAGCUCAUCGAACAGAUCCGCAGCCAGGUCGCCGUAAUGAAUAGGCAGCCUACGCAAGCCGCACUUAAUCCUGCCUCGAAAAGCUUGCCCUCUGACUCUAACACUUACAAUUUCCAGGGCAUUGCUCCGCCUCCUGUACUUCCAUUAUCUGGGGUCAUGCCCUCUACAGUGAAUGGGCAGGCCUCUGUAUCCCAGGCUUCUAUGCUUGGGAGGCCACCAUUGCUCUCCUCCCAAUCAAACAGUGGACAGGCCAACUCUAGAGCUAUGGACAGUGUCGCUUCUUCCUUACCAAGUUCAAGCCCUCAUCUCUUCAGCUACAGUGGGUCUUCCCCACUCUUGCCGAUCUGUAGCGGAUCACUCUCUAAUGUUAGUAACACCCAGUCCAUAAGCACUCCCAGCCCAUUAUCAGCUUGCCAGAGUAGCCUCCUCAGCCCCUCUGCCAACCUACCAUUACUACCUCAAAGUCCUCCCAACGGAGUAAUCUUUCCCAAUCCACUGGCCAGCAUAGCAGCUACCGCCAGUGCAUUAGAUCCACUUGCUGCAAUGAUGAAGAACCGCAAGGGCAAACUUCCCGGGGUCUCCAUUUUUGACACCAAGCCUGCUUCUGAAGACCCAUUUUUUAAGCACAAGUGCAGGUUCUGCGCCAAAGUGUUCGGCAGUGAUAGCGCAUUGCAGAUCCACUUGCGCUCGCACACAGGUGAGAGGCCCUUUAAAUGCAACAUUUGUGGCAAUCGUUUCUCAACAAAGGGGAACCUUAAAGUUCACUUCCAAAGGCACAAGGAGAAAUACCCUCAUGUUCAGAUGAAUCCGUACCCUGUCCCAGAAUAUCUGGACAAUAUCCCAACCAGUUCUGGGAUACCCUAUGGAAUGUCUUUUCCUCCAGAGAAACCAGGACCUACUUGGUUGGACAGCAAGCCUGUUUUACCUACAGGGCCGUCCAACGUGGGUCUACAGUUGCCACCCACGGUACCAAUUAUUGAAAGCUUAAGUGAUUCGUUUACAAGUACACCAUCUGAAAGAUCUCCGCACAGGCCCUCGCCAGCCAGAGGUGAACUGACACCUUCGUCACCCAAUCCCACUGGCACUGAGACAGAUAUGUCCACCACGAUAUCCCCUAAGUCACACAGAGACGGAGAGAUCAUACAGACCUUCAAUACGGAGGAGGUCCACUUGCCGGCCAACAAUAUGACUCGAAAUGAUAACAACCUCAGCUCUUCAAACCACAAUCUGCUUAUACACUCCAUGCCAACAGCAACACCUGUUAAGAGCAAUACCCCUGAGUCCCCUAAUGUUACUUUAGCAGUUAAUAAAUCCUCUUCUCCCCCGCUAAUCUCUGAUCAGAUUAAGGCCAAGUUCCCAUUCUGUGGUCUCCAAGACACAUCUGAGACAUCGAAGCUCCAACAGCUUGUGGAAAACAUCGACAAGAAGAUGAUGGAUCCCAAUCAAUGCGUGAUCUGCCACCGUGUGCUAAGCUGUCAGAGUGCAUUGAAGAUGCAUUACCGCAUUCAUACAGGUGAAAGGCCAUUUAAAUGUAAAGUUUGCGGCCGUGCUUUCACAACAAAGGGUAACUUGAAGACUCACUUUGGUGUCCACCGUUCAAAGCCUCCCCUCCGGAUUCAGCAUUCCUGCCCGAUCUGUCAGAAAAAGUUCACCAAUGCUGUCGUGCUACAGCAGCACAUACGUAUGCACAUGGGUGGGCAGAUUCCAAACACGCCGCUUACUGAAACUGUCUAUGAGAAAGAUACCGAUAUGGAGAGCUUUGACAGCAUGAGUACUUAUGACGACGAUUGCUUUGAUGAUAUCUCAUUUGAGGAUGAAGGGGAUGUUGUAGAAAACAGUGAAAACACUCUGAGCUCUUUUUCAGAAAGUCCACCACCCAUCUCAUUGCUCCCAACCGGUGUACCCGAAACUAAAAGCGCGGAGGGUGACUCAUCUGUCUGUCCCAGCCAAUCAAAUGAGAAAAAGAUGGUCAGAUGCAGACCUAUGGAUAAUGAUCAUCAUGCUGUUGGGCGUACCGCCUCUGGUGAGAUGGAGAACCAAAGCAUGAGGACGAGUUUAAUGCCACAGUCAAGUUCGAUUCACAUUCCAACAUAUCCCACACAUAGUCAACCCGAGGGACAACACGAGCUCUCCACCUCACUGAACAUCUCCUCUAAAAUUGUAGAAGGAAGUACAAGAGGAAAAUCUGAAACGUCAGAUUCUCCUGUAACAAAUUUAGUCAAUGGGGUGACUCUUAAUCAAACUGGAAUCCAAUCGAUCAAUUCUACAGUCAAGAAAGAAAACCUUUUCAACGUGCAAUGUUUCAGUAAGGAACAUGACGAUCUUCAAAGGACCACUGAACAGGAUACAAAAAAUGCCCCGGCUCUAGUUAAAAUGGAGAUGUCUGUUUGCAGUAAGCCGUACAUGCUAAAAGAGGGGCCUUUUCCUGCAUUUAGCAUUCCGUCUCCCACCGCCCGCUCCGAGGUGAUGAUACCAGGCGUCACCUCGCUUACCGGACCACCCCCUCCUCGACGGACCCCCAAGCAACACAACUGCAGCGCAUGUGGGAAAAACUUCUCCUCUGCCAGUGCCUUGCAGAUCCAUGAGCGCACACACACAGGCGAGAAACCCUUCGGCUGCUCUGUCUGUGGGCGAGCUUUCACUACAAAGGGUAAUCUUAAGGUGCACAUGGGCACCCACAUGUGGAAUAACACCCCUGCUCGUAGAGGUAGACGUUUGUCUGUGGAAAACCCAAUUGCCCUUCUGGGAGGUGAUGCCUUGAAAUUCAGCGAAGCAUUUCAGAAGGAUUUAGCAGCGCGGGCCAUGAACGUGGACCAAAACUUCUGGAGCCGAUAUGCAGCGGCUAUAACUAAUGGCUUAGCAAUGAGGAACAAUGAAAUAUCCGUAAUUCAGAAUGGAGGAGUUCCUCAGCUUCCUGCUAUUACCGUACCAACGGAUAAAGCUAGUACUGGAAACAGCCCACCAAUCACAGCCCUUGAAAAAACAGGCUUAGAUAGGGGUGCUGGACAACACUUCUCAAUGAUGAUUGAUGACAAAAAAGACAUUGGAAUCAAUUAAAAGUAAAGGUGACAUAUUUCUCCUUACUAGGGUUGAUAUUAAAGCGUCUUGAUUUAAAAAAAAAUUUAGAAUAUGCUUUUAUUUGUGUGGAAAAAUAUUCAGUUUAUCUUAUCCUGUACUGGCACUUGGUUUUCAUUUCACCGAUGCUGGGUUUAGUUUUACAAUUAUGCUCACUGACUGAAACCUUACACUUGAUACAAGGGCAUUGCUUUGAGAUAAAGUGAUAAUUUUAUGUUGUAAAUAUGUAUUUUAUUUUAUUUCCUUUUUUGAUGUUAAAUAUCGUUCCAUUUAUGGAAAAGGGAACAUGUUUGCGUAUAUUAACAAACGUUUUGAUUCCCACACUGUGGUCUUAAUAUAGCUACAGCUAAAAGUAUGUAACUUUAGACCCCAAAAAAGACAGAAGAGAGACAUUGCAGUGUUUUUGGAAAGAAAUGUAAUAUUCUUCGACAUCCCACUGCUUUGCUGCUAUGCAUAGGAUGCAGACUGUUUAUUUUUAUGUAAAUUAAGAACACCACUAUGAAAGCUAGUUUCAAUUUAGCUGCCAUCAACAAUGAAGUGUUCCAUUUUACACAAUGUUAUUAUAUUAAUAAUGCUGAUCAUGUGCUGUAUCUGUUUUAUUUUCUGACUUGUUUCCCUUUACAUGCAAAAUUAAAUAGUGGGCCAAACUCUGAAUUAAAAUGUGUUAAUAAAGAUCUUACAUUAAAAACACUUUUAAACUUCAGUUGUAUAGUUAUCUAUAAAAAGCCCUUGUAAUGCGGGACGAUUCUAUUUCUCAAGAUUUUUCUAAGUGUAUUUUACAGAAUAUUUCCAGAAACAUUACGGGACAAGGGAAAGGAAAAAAAUUAAAAGAGCUUGUCUUUAAUGGUAGCCUUUGUCUUAUUUACUGAGUGUCAUGUGUUAGAUCUGUCAUGUUACAGGUCAUUUUAGUUUUUUUGUAGUGCUUUUUUCUUUAUAAAAUAUAUUGUUUAGGUAUCAUUUAAUGUUGGGAGAAACAGAAAAAAAAACAAAGGAUCAAUUUUCAUAAGAUAGAUAAUGCUGAAACAAGGGAUGGGACAUUUGAUGUGUCUUCUGCAUGAAUAGGAGACACUAUUUUUAUAUCCAGAUACAUCAUAACGGGAUUUAAAGUGUACUCCAAUUUUGCUUUUCUGUCUGCACAUCAGUAUUUUUACAUAGAGCAGCUGAGGUGGGCUCUUAAACACACUGACUGAACUGGAUUUAUUUCUAAGAUGCAAUAUUGCCACCUCCCUCAAUAAAAAAAAUCUCAGACUAAA